AUGAGUGGAAUUUCAGCUGGCGACGAAGGGGCGGGGUGCACCCCUUUGCGCCCCGCUUCUCAGGACACCCGCGAGUCUUCUCCCGAUACCUCUUCUCCCGAUACCUCUUCUCCCGAUACCUCUUCUCCCGAUACCUCCUCUCCCGAGACUUCUCCCGAUACCUCUUCUCCCGAUACCUCCUCUCCCGAGACUUCUCCCGAUACCUCCUCUCCCGAUACCUCUCCCGAGACUUCUCCCGAUACCUCUCCCGAGACGUCUCGGUCGCUCUCGGCCCCGCACGCGCCGCGCCUCGCCUCCCGCGCCGAGGCGUCGUCCUCGUCUGCGCCGUCCUCUUCGCUCUUCGGCUCGGCCUCCGCGAGAGGCGGCCUGGGCGACGCUGAGGCGAGCGAGCGGGCUGAAAAACCGGCUGUCCCUCCCGCGGAGACAGCUCGGGCGCGGUUCGCCCGCGUCGCCUCGCUGCGCCGGCAGGCCCCGCGCCCCGCAGUCUCUGGCGGCGAAAGGAAAGAUGCGUGCGCGGCUCUCGAGCGCGACGAGGAUUUCCCCGGCGUCAGACGGGUGACGACCGACUUGCCCAUCUCGCCGCUCGCCCGCUACGGAGACAGCGCGGCGGGGACUGUCGGCGUGGGCGGCUUCUUUCUGCGGGGUCGCUGGGCGGGUUCAGGCCGGUUGGGCGAGGCUCGCGGGUUCUCGCCCCGGGAGACAGCCUCGCCCCCCGGCGGGCGUCUCUCGCCCAGCACGCCGCCCAAACCGGCUCGCGGCGACCGGCGGCAGCGCGCGAAGGAGCCACGGGAAGGCGCGCAAACGCCGAGCCUCGCCUCGGGGCGGCCUCGGCUGGGGGACCGUCGCCGCUUCAGCGACUGCAGCGAGUCCAGCACAGUCGCAGAUUUCGGGACGGGCACGCCGAGCCUGGUGAGCUCGGGGAGCGUUCUCUGCUCCUCGCCUCGGCGCAUGAGCAGCAUGAGCGACAGUGUGCCCCGACGCCGCCUGCGGAGCGCGGGCCAGAGUCGCCGCGGCUCUUGGGAUGUCUACACACUCGAUGACCACAACCUGUUUGAGGGAGCGAGCGAGGAAGAAGACGAAGCGGCGAGCCCAGAGAGGGAAGAGAAGGACCCGUCUGGCGGGCACGCGGAAACGGAAGGCGACGGGGACUCCAAGGAGACAGAGAAAGAAGAACACGACGAGGAGACCGAGGUGAGGCAAGAAGCACCGACGGACGUGGAGGCAACGGUCCUCGUGGACGGGGACGAGAACGAACCGGGCGGAACGGACGCGGAUGGGGCGCGGGAGGGAGACAAAGGAGAGCACAAUCAGGCAGACGACAGGGGAUCAGCCCGUGCUGGAGGCGACGGCAACGCCCACAUGUCCGGCUCCCCGCACAACGAGGCCGCACCCUCCAGCAUGGGCGCGGAGGACGCCUCGCGAACGCGCACCUCGGACGCGAGUCAGAGCAGAGAGGAGGAACCAGCCGAUGCGGGGUCGAGCCCCCGGGGGGAUGGGGCGUCGAACUGGGCACCUGUCCAGGUCGCCGAGACGCCUGAGCAGAGAGACUCCGGACUCCCCCAGGUGGACUGCGCCGAGGUCGACGUCGUCCCUGAGGCUGUCUCGGAGGAAGGCCCAGACGAAUCUCGCCAUCAAGGUGAGAAGGCGUAUCUUGACCCUCCCGCGGCCGGUCCUGCGCGCCGUGAGGACGAGAGUGGCGAACGUCUCUUAGGCGCGGAGGCGGAGCCUCGCGACACGCACACGGAGGCGUUGUGGGAACCUCGAGACGCCCCCGUCCAGCGCGCGCCUGUUUCGCACCUGCCUGCUGCGGAGCCGGCGUUCGCAGGCGAGCGGGCCUCGAGGCAUGCGCGGGAGUUCUCGGACUUGUGGGGACAGGGCGACGCGCGGAUCCUGUUGAAUCACGGGAGCUCCGACGUCGUUGCGCGCCUGAUGGGGUGGGGCGGGUUGGGCCCGGUCGCGAAGGCACCAGCGGCCGGCCUCCAGUCCCGCUUGCCGCCGUUGCGUCGCCACGGGUCGGCGCAUGCACUUCGGUUUCCGGUCGAGGGAUCGAGGCCGUCGGGCGAGGGGAGGCGCCCAUUUGCGCAGCGGCCGGCGCUCACGACUCGCGUUCCCUCGAAGAAGGAAGAGGAGGAGAUGAAGCAGCUGGGACGAGACCUCGCCGCGUUUCUGGUCUCGUCCUUGCCGCUCCUCCAGGAUCCAGCGUACACAGCGGCGCUUCGCGCACUUCUCGUCGCCCACCCGAUGAUGGCGCGCGCGAGUCUCCAGGUGCCGGCCUCGGCACUCGCGAGUUUGAGCCAGAGUCUGGACAUUCUUCUGCAGCCUGAGACGGGCCGAGACGCGGGAACGCCCUCGUCCUCGCCGACCUCGGCGUUCGCGUCGUUCUCCUCCUCCCCAGACAGCAACCCUUGGGACUUCACAGCUCAGCCCUGUCCGUUUUCCGAGGCGCCCGAGGGGAGCGCGAGCGGCCGGAGCUUCAGCCAGAGCGGUCUCCCGCCGCACGUGGAGUCGCUGGGCGCGGGCUUGCCUGGCCGAGCGUCGGGACCUUGCGGCGCGCAGAGUUCCUCUCGCCCUGCGGACCCCGCAGCCCAGAGCGGCCUCGGAGCCUGGCGACCUGCGGACGUCCAGACAAGUCUCGCAGUGGCUGGGGGGGACGGCGCCGCGGCCGACACGAGCGCUCGGCACCAGACGCGCCUGUGGAUCUCGCGGGCACUCGCGCACGUCUCCGACCUGAUCACCGAGCAACAAGAUCUGAUUUCCCAGGAUGUGCUGCAGGCAAACGGCGACGGCGCGGCCGGGGCCCGGGCGCUCUCCGUCCCGAACCACCCUCGGCCAGGAGCCUUCCCCUCCCAGUCGGCCUUCGGCCCCGCGAGCGCCCGCGCACAGGGGACAGUCGACGUGCGACGCACACACGCCUUUGUCUCGUCCGGGAAUGCACAGAGCGCCGCAGGCGCACACACAGCCUACGGUGCGACCGACGGUGCUCCCCUGGCAAGCGCCCCAGCGUACCCUUACUCGCAUCUGCCGAUCUCGCAGGCUGCGGGCGCGCAUCCUGCGGGUGCGCAUGCGGGACUGUCCUGGGCUCCGCCCAGAUCCGCGGGGAACCCCGCGGAUGAACUCGUGUCGGUGCGGAACACGGCCGCUGCUUUCGUGUAUGGAGCCGCCGACGCAGAGCGGCUGGACGCGCAAGAGGGGGGAGGCGCGCCGCAUGCAUUCCCGAACUAUCCCGCGCCGACCGCAGCCGAGACGAGUUUGCCUGGACAUUUGCGACGCGAGGUCGGAUAUGAGCAGCCUGUGGAGGCUGCGCGUUUCCGCGCGGGUUGCGACCUCGCCAGAGCGAGCGGCGUCGGCGACGGCUCCGGGGUGACACGGCUCGAGAACGUGACGAGAAGGCCCAUACCGGGGAAGACGGUUGACUCUCUGCCAAGCGAGAGAAGAAGCCUGGAGUACGGCAGGCCGCUGUCUCUCGACGACAGCCGCCUCGGCCCGGCGCCGUCGCAUCUUGGCAUCGAAGACCAGCACGCGUACAACAGGGCGAUGGAGCGCAACCUUCGCCUGGCCCUGUUGCUGCCGUGGGCAACCCAGAAUCCUGAGCCUUCCGUCGCGGCAUUUCGCGCUGUCCCUCUUGGGCCCGUGGCCUCGGAGCCGACCGCGCUCCCCCUGAACGGCGACGCGCACCGGGAGGAUCUGCCGUCGACGGGGCCAGGAGUCUACGGGUCCGCUGGCGGCGUCGGACGUCAAACCGGCGAUCAGGUCGCCGCGAGGUCCGAAGUCGCCUUCCGUCCGCUGCUGGAGCCGGGGCUACUUGCGCCUGGAGGUGAGACGCAUGCUAGGCGCGAGAUGCUCCUGAACGAGGCUCCACGGCCUCCGGCAUUUGCCCAUGCCAAUGCGAGCGCGUUCCCCGCACUAAGCUCAACUCGGCAGUUCGCGCAGGGCGCAGUACCGCCGGCGAGCGGCCACGCCGGCCUCGCGCAGCCUGCGUGGGAGCGCCAGGAGCCGGAUCUGAGGAGCGACGAGCGCGCGGCAGUCGAGAGGUGGGUGCGCGACGCUCCGACGCUGGCCGAGCCGAGGGCGCGGGAACGGGAGACCCCAGCGAGAGUCACGGAGCGCGUGCGGGUGCUUGAGUUGGUGGGCCAGCUCCAGUACCACGUGGGGCGAAUCGCGGCGUCGAUCUCGAAGGUCCAACCAGUCUCCCAGGCGCUGUGUGCACAGGCGGCGCACGCGGCGCGAGCGCUGAAGACCAGCGCGAAGGGUGCGAGGGGAAACGAGGCGGCGUUCGCAGCGGAGUUCGCGGCACAGGAGCCGCGGAGCAACCCGGACGCACAAGACCGUUGCCCGGUCUCUCACUCCCUCGCACGUCUCCCGGAACGCGCGCUGCAUGCGUUUUCCCAAGGCGCGACUGUGUCUGACGAGCUGCCGGGGACGGGCGGCGUGCCGUUCCGCGCAGCGGCCGCGGCCGAGGCACGCAGAGGGGAGGGAGGGGACGGGACAGCAUACGAACUGCAUGCGCUCGACCAGCGACAGUGUGAAAGGUUGCACACCUUGGCCUUGGCCGAGUAUGCGAAGCUGGUGCGGUCAGACGCUCCGGGUGCCGAGGCGUUCCCCCCGCGCGUCGCGCCUUCGGGCCUGGAGAUGUUUCAGAGAGCGUCGGGUGCGAGACACGUCGGCUCUGAAGUCGACGCGUCUCGCGUUCAAGUGUCUGUUCGUGCUCACAGGUCGUUCCCGUCGGGGCCCAUCACUUCGGAAGAGAUUGCGGCGCUCGCUCGGGGAAGCGACAACGCCGCUUCGCUGUGGGUACACCCGGGACCUGGCAGGGCGUUCUGCGACGCCCCGCCACAGCACGCGGCUGUCUGUGGCUUCGGCCCUCAUGCGCCCAGAGACGCGUUCCGCCCUGCUCUCGCUAGCGCGCAAGCGCGGUACGUGGCGCCGCGCACGGACGAGAGGCCGAAAGAGGUUACGCGCGACAACAAUGACGCGAGCGAGGCGAAGGCCCUGCUGCGGCUGAUCCCCGACCUGUACACGCGCCAUCCACCGGCCCUUGGGCUCCUCCUCCACGACUCGGUUCUCCCCGUUUUCUUUCCGUUGCAUGUGGCGGAAGUCGCAGCCCUCGCGGCCUUGGUGCUCCAGCAGCCGCCGCGAGUCGCCGCAGUUCUGGACGAGGCGUGUCUCUUCGCCGUCGUGGUGUCUCGGGCCGAGAAGGCGAAGCUUAAACGCAUGUGCGCGUGCGAGACGUCAGCCGCUCCAGCGCGAAGCGGCGACCCCUGCAGACGGGAGCGCGGCGCAGAGCGCACAGAGGCACACGGGGCUGGGGGCGCAGCGACAACGGCGUGCGUGUCCAGCGGUGUCGGAGACCGAUCCUCCAAACUGUGGGGAGCGCCGGAGGCGCGCGAGUGUCCGCUGGAGAACGGAACGGCGUGUCCCGUGGGAGACGAGCCGCGCGAGAAGCGAGAAGAUCUCUGCGGGGUGCGAGGUGAGAAAGCGGCUGCAACUUGGACAUGCCCGAGAAGCCCCUGGCGGGCGUCUGAGGGCGAGACGGUGACGAGGUGGGAUGAAGCGACUCUGACAGAAGGCGUCGAGGCGGAACAGGCUGUCUUCUCGGGCACUGGCCAUCCCUCUGGAGGACCAGGCGCCGCGAAUGCUCGAGAGACUUGCGUCUCCGCCUCGCUUGCGGUCGACGCGUGUCUCUCUGGCGAGGGGUCGGAGACUCUCGACCCCACAGAGUUUGGCCUGGACGCGCCUGUUCCCGAGUGGGGCGACGCACGUCGCCCGUUGUCGAGCCCUGUCGCGGGGGCUCAACUCGCUGUCUCCGCCGAGGCAGAGAGUCGGAGACACCGGGACACGGCACGGCAGUUCGCACCUCGCAUCUACUCCUCUUCGGCCCCGCCGUUCCAGAGGGCAUCUUACGCAGUGCAGUCCUUCCGCCCUGCGCGUUCGGAGAGGCCUCGUGCGCCGCCCACCGCUGGGGCGCCUCAUUUUGGUUGCGGAGCUCGCGAGGAGGCGGCGCGGCCGGUUGGCGAGUGGGAGACGGAAGGCCGAGAAGAGCUCGAGCUCGAGGAGUUGUCUCCGUCGCAGGACACCGAGUGUCGCGAGUUCGCAGGUAUGCAUGCCGCCUGCGUCGUCACCCACGAGGGAGACGCGACACAUGCCUACAGAGGAGUGUCGGGCGCCGAGGGCGAUGCGGAUGCGCCAGGGAGACUGUGUGUGGAGACGGACGAGCCUUGGCGCGCGGAGUCCUCCCGUUCCCCCUCACUUCCCACGUCCUGCGCCACAUACGGCGUUUCAAGAGGCGAGACUUCAGCUUCCGAUGCUCAGUCGGCGCGCGGCCUGUACAGGGAUUUGUGGCGACUCUUUGCGGGACAGCACCUGCCGUCGGUGUCGAUCCGAGAGUACGUGUUGCGCCUCCAGCGGUUUUCCCAAAUCUCCGCCCACGAGGCGUUGAUUGCUUUCGUCUUGAUCUCACGGGUUCUCACCCGCCAUCCGCAUCUCCCGUUCUGCGCUCGGAACGCGCACCGCCUCCUCCUCACGGCCUUCAUGACGGUCACCAAAGCGCACUCCGACCGGUUCUACACGAACGGAUUGUGGGCCAAGUUUGGGGGCAUCUCCGUCGGGGAGUUGAAUCGUCUCGAGCACGCGUUUCUCCUGCUGCUCGACCACCGGUGCCUCGUCACGCUCGACGAAUUCUGCGCCGCCUUCUGCCUCGUGAAGGAAGUCUCCAGCGCCUUCCCUGUGGACUUGGUACGCGCCGUCGCAGCGGAGACGCAGGCACCUGGAAUGCCCGAGUCGAACCUGCGACUCAAGAGAGGCCACGAGACGCCUGCAUGCGCCGAGGCCCCGCCCAGCAACCCUUUCGCCUUAGGCCCGAGCGCGAACCCAGCGGCGACUGCGCGGCCCCGCGCGUAUCCGGAGGCGUUUGCCUGUUCGCGCUGUGGGUUCACCUCCUGUGCAUGUGGGGUGUCGUGGAAUGGAUCCUCUCGCCCUUCCGUAGAACGCGCGUUCUUGCCAGGGUGUGGAGGCGGACGUGCGCGAGCGGCCUCGGAGUGGGACGUACCUGGCGGGCGAGAAGACCUCGGCGCUUCGUCGUCGAUAGAGCGCGGCUGGCGCGCGUCUCUCAGUGGAACGACGGCUCGGGCGGAACGCGUCGGAGACGCCGUGUCCGCGCUGGGAUCUGUGAACCCCGAACGCGUCGGAGACGCCGUGUCCGCGCUGGGAUCUGUGAACCCCGAACGCGUCGGAGACGCCGUGUCCGCGCUGGGAUCUGUGAACCCCGAACGCGAGGGGGUCUGGGACACAGCGCACCGAGGGCAGUCUGGAGACUCUGUGAGCUGUUUUGCCGCACGAGGCGCGGGAGGACCGGCUGUGCGCGUCGCUUCGGGGCAUCUCGGACUUCCAGUUGAGCCGACCCCGUCGCGGGUUUUGGAAGAAGCCCUCUGGAGGGUGUCGCGAGGAGAGCCGCUUCCGGAGCGCCUCUGGUCGUCUGCCGACUCGGGUGCAAAACCUAACGGCGCGCGCUGUGGCGAAAUCGAAGAGACAGGGACCGUCUGGGGGGACUACCAGGCGCAGCCGCCCGUUGCCGAUGGGCAUCGACCGGCGGGCGGGUCCGAGAUCUGCGGUGACUCUGGAGCCGUGCGCGGCCGCGGGUCUCGCCAGGAGUCCGAUGUGGCCCCAGGCGAACACGUCGGCGUACCAGACGCGUUGGAGGCUGCAUGCAGGGAUGCAGUGGACCCCGAGUUUUACGAGCGCCUGCUGGUGCUGAGGACAUUCCCAUUCUCGUUCCUGAAUGCGCAGAUUCAGAGACGAGAGCGGCAACGUGGAGCGCGCGACGGCCUCGGAGCGCAGGGAGGGGGGCCUGGACCGGAGACGAUGCGGGACGGCUCAGACGCGGCUGGGUUGUGGGUUUCCCAGCCGUCGCGUGGCGUUGAAAGCGACCGGUUUCCGGGGGACCGACAAGCGACUGUGGGCACGCGCCCUGGAUACGAUCGGAACCCGAGGCACGAAACCUACGAAGACAGGUUCCGACACUUUGAGAAGUUCCUGACACCAGGCGACUGGCUGUUGAUGGAAAACCCACUGGCAAAUUUACUCUUCUGCCCUCAUCCAGCAGUCGAGAAGAUGUGCGGUUAG